CCUGAGUCCAAGACUUGUAGCUCAGCCAAAGUCUCAGGACUCCAGCGAAGCCAGGAGCAGAGCAACAGCGAGGUGUCCUUUGCGCCUCCCGUGCCCAGCCCCACCCCAGCCUCUGCCCCUACGGGCUCCCCAGCCCCCGCAGCAGCGGCGGCCCCCCCAGAGCCACCCAGGGCACGCCUCCCCUCCCCGCCUCCUCUCGGUGUCAAGAAGGAGCAGCAGCCUCCACCCCCUGUCCCCACCCCUCCCCUGCUGAGGGCUCCACCCCACCCCCACCCCCACCCUCCUCACCCACACCCACACCCCCACCCCCACCAGGAGCCCCGGGUGCUCCCGCCCACCCAGCACCACAGUCGGCCAAUCAUCAACCAGGUGCAUCACCCUCUGUACAACAGCCUCCAAGACAUUGGCCACAACAGCAGCCCCGUCAGCCUUCCCAAACACCACCUGCCCCCAUCCCCUCACCACCACCUCAGCGGGCUGCCGUCUUCGACCCCCGCCCUGCCCCUGUCCAUCGCCAACCUCUCUACCUCGCACUAUUCUUCGCUAAGGAGCCCGGCCCAUCGCCAUCCGGCCAUGUUUGCAACCCCUGCCACACUGCCGCCACCGCCGACCUUACCCACCAACAGUUUAGUGGUCCCCGGGCACCCUGCUGGCACUCCAUACCCAGAGCAUGAUCUCCUGAGGCAGGAGUUGAACAACCGCUUCCUGGUUCAGAGUUCAGAGCGGGGCCGGGGGCCAUCCGCCUCGCCACUGGCCCCCGUGUCACUCCUGAGGGCUGAGUUUCACCAACACCAGCACAUGCACCAGCACCAACACACCCACCAGCACACCUUCACGCCCUUCCCCGCCAGUCUGCCCCCGGCCGCCAUCCUCACCCCGCCCACCGCACCCCCCAUGGUGCGUACCCAAGCCAGAAAUUUUGACAAAUACACGCCCAAACUGGACAAUCCAUUCAUCAGACAUUCAAACUUCUUCCCCUCCUACCCCCCCACCAUGCCAGGCAUGCCCCCGCUGCUCCCACACUCAGGACCCUUCAGCUCGCUGCAAGGAGCUUUCCAGCCCAAGGCAUCCAAUCCCAUUGAUGUCGCGUCUCGUCCGGGGGCAGUACCUCACACACUCCUACAGAAGGAUCCACGGAUAACAGAUCCUUUCAGGUCAUCUGUCAGAAAACCUGGCAAGUGGUGUGCAGUGCAUGUCCAGAUUGCAUGGCAAAUUUACCACCACCAGCAGAAAAUGAAGCAAAUGCAGCUGGAUCCUCACAAACUGGACAUGAAUGGGAAGCUGGACCUGUUUAGUCGACCCCCAGCCCCAGGAGUCUUUCCAGGGUUCCCGUAUCCCCAUGACCUGGCGCGACCCCUCUUCUCCUCCACAGGCUCUGGCCAUCCCACCUCCUCCCCUUAUGGUGCUGCCCCCCACCCCAGCGGCUUCCUGCCUCCCAGCCAUUUGGCAGAUCCUUUCAGUCGCUCCAGUACAUUUGGUGGCCUCGGCAACCUUUCAAGCAGUGCCUUCGGAGGAUUAGGCAACCCCUCGCUUGGUUCCAACAGUGUGUUUGGCCCUAAGGAAGGGCCCGGAGGGUUGUCGGGCUUUGGCAGCCCUCACCAUGACACCUGGAACAGACUGCACCGCACUCCGCCAUCUUUCCCCACCCCGCCCCAGUGGCCCAAAUCCGUAGAGGGGGACAGAAGCAGCUCGGCCAACAGCCACGAGCGGGAACGAGAGAAGGAACGAGAAAGAGAGAGGGAAAGGGAGCGAGAGAAGAGAGACUCAUCCAUUGGAAAAGAAGAGAAGGAUAAAGACAGGGAUUCAGUGGACCGUAACCGCCACUCCAACCGUUCAUCACCCGCCUCAGCGCCAGUAAGCUACCAGAUCAGCAACCUGAUCCGUUCCAACAGCCAGAACUCUAGCGAUUCAGGCCGCCACCACAGCAGCAGCGUGGACCGGGUCCGUGAGGCUGAGAAAGAGCUGCUGGAGCGCCACCGAGAGUCCUCCCUACUGGGAGAUAUCAAGGUGAAGGAGAGUCGUUCGCCCAGCAAAGAGGCCAUGGAAAGGAGACCCAUCGAAGACUCCAUCAAACCUGUGCACCGCUCUCCUUCUCCGUACUCGAAGGCAGUGAUUAAUGAACAGGGCAUGAAGAUUGCAGGUGGGCCCCCACCCAUACUCAAGGACAGUGAGAGGAAAGAGCCCCUUUCUGGGGAUCUCCUUCACAAGGUUAAGAAUGACAUGAAGAUCAAGGAGGAGCGGAAGGAGGAGCAGGAGGUGAUGGUGGUGAGUUCUGAACCAGCCACUCAGCCAUUAGCCCAAGCACCCCCAGUGCCCACCAGUCAACCCAUACAUCCUCCUCACCACCAUCACCCUGUGUCUCAACAUGCUCCCCCACCCUCCCCACGUGGAAGUGAGAUCCCUGCUCCAAGCCUGCACGGGGUCCCAAUGGCCCACUCCCUGCCCCUCUCCAUGAGCGCCAUGCACCAGAUGGGAAGUCUGAAUGUGCUGGACCGAGCCCGUAUGGCUCCUUUCAUGGGGGUAAGCCCUCUGGCAGCGGGAAGGGAACGCCUGCCGCAUCCAGCUUUUCCCUGGGACCCUCUGAGAGAAGCCUACCGCAGCCUGGACCUGCAGCGCCGCAUGGACUUCCAGCUGCGGGCCGAGCAGGGGCACCGCUUCCCUAUUGUGUAUGAGCAGGAGCGGGCGUAUCGUGAGAGGGAGGCGCACGACUACUCGCACCAUGAACACCUGCUGGAGGUGCGCAGGGAGCACGAGCGGAUGCGGCAACAGGCGGAGGAGCGGGAGCGCCUCCACCUCCGGGAGGAGCUGGACCGGGCGCGUCUCCACCAGCUACACCAGUCUCCCAUGGAGGGCCACCUGCCCCACAUGCCCCCGUUUAUGCCCCCACUGGGUGGUAUGCCCUACCCCAGACUCAGCCCAUCCACAGGACACAACGGCCUUCUAAAUAGAACACCUCCCACCGCCGCACUUAGCGCACCCCCUCCCCUUGUGCCUGCAGGCAGUGCCAGGCCGGCUUCACCCCGGAGGACUACCCCCCUCACCACCCAGGACCCCCGGGAUUAUUCCCCAUCCCGCAACCCCAAAGAAGUAGAGGCACGGUAGCUUCCUAAAUGAAAGGACGCGAGCGCUUACGUGAUGCACUCACAAGCCCAAAUUUCCCUGAUUUGUUAUGUUAUUAAGAACAAAAUGCACUGCUUUUCACCAGAGAAGAGCAAAAGGUCCCUGAAAAAUGGUAUGAUUGUACAAAGUAAAAGGUGUGUGAAGCUGUUGAAGCACAUACCACAACUGUAUUUUCAGUGGACUGGACAUUGAAUUAUGUCGGUUAAGAAAACACAAGUAUGUGUAUGUUAAUAUCCGACUUAAAUAUUUGAUAAUUAUUAAUAUAUUAAUCCAGUUUUUUUUUCUUUGGUUUUGUGCUAAAAGAGAACCCAAAAUGAGUUUGUACAUUUCCUACCCUUGUUCCAUGUAUAGGUUAUCAUUUUUAUGAAUUUUAUGUAUUUUGUGAAUGAGUCACUCUCUAUCCAAUUAAAUCCCAGUUGAUUGUGAGGCAUAUCCAUUAUGAUCCACUGCAAAGACUGGAUUUUGAUUUCAAGCCUCUCAGCAGUAACUGAAUCUCAUGGUACCAUGAUACCCUUAACAAUGUACAAUGUUACAUUACUGGUUUGUUUCUUUCAUUUGUUUUGCCUUUGAGAUAUGCAGAUAAAUAUAUAUUAUGAGGUCUUUGUUGGGUCUCUGUAAAGAAAACUUGUGUAAAUAACUUGUUGAUAUUCCUUCACUGCAAAAUUACCAUGUAAAUUUAUUAGGCUUUUUAAAUGUUUCUAGAAAAACAAAAUUAAAUCAAACAUGAGAACCACUACCCUGAUAAAAACCAUGGUAACAGACGAGCCUUGCCGGUGUAGGAGAAGCAUGGAGGGACGGUAUAUUAACGGGGCCUAUAAAGAUCAUCUGCAAUCUAUGCAAAGCAGCACAAAAGAAAGGAGAGGCCACCUGGAGCAGCGUGAGGAUACUGGCAACACUGAGAGGAACUUGGAUUAACCUGUUUAUUUGCUAAUGGCAAAUGAUGAAAUAUUAAACCUUAAAAACUUCUAGGUCACAGACUGGACCAGAAGCAUACAGCCCCAGAGAGAAAAGAAGGACAUUUAUGAGGGCGGCAAUUGGACUUUCUCUGUCAACCUUGUGGUGUUGUGCAGUUGUUUUUCUUAGACUCUUGUAUACAAAACAAGUAGAGUUUUAGGCGUGCAAAAAAUGGAAAAAAACAUUCAUGGUUUAAAACAUAAAGAAUAAAGUUUGGACCUAAUGUCUG